CUAUCACUUCCGGUCUGUGCUUGAACAGAAGUAGAUAUUACAAACAGUACUGGACUAAACUAAUUGAUCGAUGCUUUCAAAACAGUCUCGCAUUUAAAGACUCGCUUUUAACAUAUGGUGAAUGCAGCAGUCUUAUAGUAAAUAUUGCGAUAGUUGUCGAAGAUGUUAGGUUUGGAUCUGUCAGCUGGUGUGGAUGGUGUGGUCGGAAAAAUCGAAAAACUCCCCAUAGACUUGUUUGCAGAAACGCUUCAGUCAAUCCUGGUUCAUCUUCAGGAUCAGAAUAGAGCAGUAGAUUUGAUUGAAACCGGUGAUAAAUUUCAAAGAGUUGGGAUAAACCUCGAUCAGAAAGCUGUUCAAGAUAUUAUAAAACUGAUGACAUACUAUUUUAGGUUAGCUGCAAAGAGCAAUCUCAGUGCGGAUGUCUUGGUCAGUAAAUUGACUGAAUGCAGCAGUAAAUGGUCCAAAUCAACUCUACAGUUGGUGCACCAGCUUUGGACUGAACAUGGUGCUCUUCUACAUGCACAGCAGGAGGUCCUGACAAUGGCUAGUAUUGGACAGCUUGUAGAUAUCCAGUGGAAGCUUGGAAUGGCAGUGAGCUCAGAUACCUGCCGAUCCCUUAACUCCCCGUUCAUCUGUGUUCUGAUGAAAAUUGCUGACACAUCAGGAGAGAUGUCAUAUAAAUCCUUUGAGAUGACAGUUCAGCAGUUUCAGAACUUCUACAGGCAGUUCAAGGAAAUGGCCUCUGUUUUAGAGACGGUUUAAUGUUUUUCUGCAUGUGAUUUUUACAGCAGUGAUUAUGAACCAUUUUGUCUAUGACCAAAUAUUUGCAUACAAGUGCAGUAUUUAACAGUUUAACAAUGUAAAUUUGUUGAAUUUUGCACUGAGCUUUUGUUUUUAUUCUACUGUUACAGUAGCUACAAGGUUAAAAUUCUUACUUUAUCAUAAUAAAUAAUGGUAUUAUGUUAGAAAAUGUCAGAUUUCUUGUUUUUUUCCCCUCUGUGGAUCAUCAUACAUUUCCAUUUGUCAUUAUUAUUGAUCUUCAUAAUUGUCUUCAGUGCCCCACUUCUAAUUGAUUUUUCCACUUUCAAAUAACAAGUAACACGAGAUGCUCAAGCAC